AUGGCUAAAGUGAAAAUAAAGGAAAUAGAUUCCCUGUUCAUUCUCAGGCAUGCCCAACGUUCUGAUAAAGUUGCCACUACAACUUCUUCCAUUGAUUUCGUUGCUAGUAAUAGUCAUCAUAAUAUUCAUUCAAAUCCAAUAACUUAUACAAUAUCAGAUACGUAUAAUCCUCCUUUAGCAACAUUCCAAUCAACAAAUAAUAAAUCAAAUAAUGGUUAUUUACAAUCAAUGAAUUUGGGUCAUCAAAUAUUAAACUAUAUUGAACAAAAUAUUGAAGAAGAAACUGUGGUUUUAAAAUUUCAUACUUCACCAUAUUUAAGAUGUAUUGAAACUAUAAGGUAUAUUUUGGAUUUCUUGGUUAAAUCUUAUCAAUAUGAAUAUGGUAAUGAUAAUACAAAGACAAUAAGAUGUAUCAUAACAAUAGAUCAAGUUCUUUCAGAAUGGUUAAGUACAGAUCUAGAUAUUGAUUUAUAUCCUCCUCAUGAUAAUGGUGCUUCUUUAUUAGGUGCUGCUAUUCAAUAUUUGAAUUCAAAUUUACCAUUCCAUAGAAAUAAUCAAAUUGAAAUUCAAUUGGAUUAUAAUAAUAGUUAUAAACAUGGGAACCCAGGAGUUUUCAGUGAAAGUUUUGUUCAACAAUAUUCAAGAUUAAAUAAUGGGUUAAUAUCAAUAGUGAAAAAUGAACAUGAAUCUCUUUCACAAGAGCCAAAUACAAAAGAUAUAGUAUUAUUAAUGACUCAUGGUGCUUGUGUUAGAAGUAUUGUUUCAAAAUUAUUGGGUAAAUCAUUACAUUUAGAAAUUCCAUUAGCUUCAUUAUCAAUUGCAAAACCUCUUAUGGAAGAUUCAAAACAUUAUUAUUGGCAAUUAUUGAAAACUGAUAUUGAAACAAGAUUACCUCAUUUCCAUCAAGUUGAUCUUUAUUCUAAAAUGGAUCCUUUCCAAGAUUAUCAAACUACUUUUAAUCAUAAUUCAAAUCAUAAUCAAUUAAAUUUCCAAAAAUUGAUACCUGCUUCUAAAACUGAAAAUUUUAAUAGAAUUAGAUCUCAAUCACUUUUAACUCCAAGAAGAAACUCUAAAUUAUCCCGAAAGAAGGGAGAUGAUGAUGAUGAUGAAGAUGAUGAAGACGUUGAUGAUGAUGAUUCAAGUGAUGAAGGUAUUACAUUCACAACAAGACGUAGAAGGGUUACAACUUCAGCUUCAUCUUCAAAUGUUGAUAAUCAAAGAAGAUUUAGGUCAUCAAGUCUUUUUGGACCAAUUUUGAAAAAUCCAUUUUUUUCAGAUGAUUCAUUAAGUGAUUAUAAUGAUCAAUCAAAAAAUCAAAUAUCAAAAGAUACAAAUAGUUUUGAAAACCGUAAAAAAUCAUUAAUGAAACAAAAAAUUGAUAUUGAUUCAAUAAACCCAAAACAAAAAGAUCCAAAUUCAAAUUCUUAUCAAAAUAUUGAUGAAGAUGAUGGAAUCUUGGGUAAACCAAUUUAUCGUACUAGAUCAACAAAGGAAAAUUCUAUAUCAAGUGAAAUUUCAAAUGAAUUGGUACCUGAUUUAGGAGGUUCAUUAUCUUCAAAUAAUUCAUCUUCUCAUAGUCUUACUGAUAUAAAUGAUGAUGAUGAUCAAGAAUUAAGUGUUUUCCCAGGUACAUUAUCAAAAUUAUCUUCAUCUUCAAAAGAACAAGAUUCUUCAUCACCAACUCCACCUCCAACACAUUUUGAUACCCCAAUGGAUCCAACUUUACAUGAACCAUCAACAAGCUCUACAAUGCAAUAUCAUAAUGAUCAAGAUUUUUCAUCAACUUCAACAUUACAAGUUAAUAAUACAAUAUCUGAACAAUCAACAAUUAAUAAUAAUAAUAAUAAUAGUAAUAAAAAAUCAUCAAUAUUUGAUAAAUCAUUGAUUGAGAAAACUCUUAAUGAAAUUCAAAUUCAAGAACCACAAGAUCAUCAAAAAGAACUAGACAAUGAUUGGUUAUUAUUCCAUAAUAAAAACAAAUCAAUAUCAAAACCUAAAACACCUGAACCUGAUAAUAAAUUUAAAAUCAAUUUAUAUGGUAAAAAGGAUAGGCUAAGAUUAAAUUUAUAUGGUGAUGAUAAUGAAAGUGAUGAUGGAUCUAAUGGCUGGUUCUUAGGUUCAAAUAAAUAUUAA